UAGUAAACAAAACCCAGCCACUAAAAUAUUUCUUCAUUUAACGCUAGAGAUUCUCACUCUCACUAGUUCUCAUUCCCUCAGGAUGUCUGCGGAGAAAGAAAGGAAGUGGUGCGAGUGUUCUGCUCUCCUGCGAGGCUGGAAAAGAGAAAAUGCUGAGGAAAACCUGAUGUUUAUUAUUUUGCCGGCGGAUGUGUACCGAGGUGUUAUCUUUUCCUUCCCCCGGACAACAUGAUGCGUCAUAUCGACAAAAGCACCACUUACACAGCUCUUCAGCAGGAAGCAACACUUCAAACACCGUUGUUUAGUGUGUGUCUUCUGACUGCAGUAUUGAAUACCAGCACUUGGAGUAUUGGGCCACAAGAUGGCUUCAAGGAGUGCGGAGAUUACAUCUGUAACUGAGAAUGACAUUGACCAAAACUGUCCAUUGCAUGAAGAUUCCAGUCUAGAAGCAAUGCAGAUUUCCAACCUUGAUGAUAAUGAUGGUGGUAAAUGCUCCACCAUUCAGAGGGAACAAUCAGCACCACCUGGAAAUACUGUUCCAGAUGACAGUGAUGCUCACUGGAUGGGCUGGGGACGACCCAUGACAGAUGUACGUCCACAGGCAGUCAUGUCUGUAGGGAGAGAUGCUGAUUUCUACAAGAUGGACCACAAAAAGAGAGGACAAGCCAUUAUCUUUGUGUAUAACCAGUUCGAUAUGGAUCUACAACCACGAGCAUGUGCUGAACAUGACGCUCAUAUCACGAAGAGCACCUUUGCACACCUUGGCUUUGAGGUGAAGGAGCACUGGAAUCUGACUAAAAGAGACUUCUUGAAGACACUUGAACGAGUGAGCAGUGAAGACCAUCACAACAGUGACUGCCUGGUGGUGGUAUUCAUGAGUCACGGUAACGUUGACAACAACAAGGAGUUCCUGUGUACCCGAGAUGCCAAGGUUGACACAGAAGAGUUGUGGAAGACCUUCACAGCAGAUAAGUGUCCAAGUCUUGCAGGGAAGCCCAAAUUAUUCUUUAUACAAGCAUGCAGAGGUGACAACAUAGACAAGGGAGUGAAGAUGAAGCAGUUUAGAGCCCUCAGUGUCCAGACAGACAGUUUGAAACAUAAAGAAGAUUACAUCAUCCCAUUGCAUGCUGACAUGCUCAUGAUGUGGGCCUCUUAUCCAGGUAUGUUUGCUUUCAAAUCAUCUCGGAAUGACAUAAAGGGAAGUGUGUUCAUCCACUUCCUUAGUAAGGUGUUGAGGCAGGAUGGCAGGACGUGUGACCUCUUCACCUUACUGCUACGAGUCACACGGGAAGUAGCAACACGUUACGAAUCAUACAGCCCAGACAAUUACCUCCUUCAUCAAAACAAACAGACUCCCUACAUGGUCUCCACUCUGAUGCGCAAGUUGGUUUUUCCUGUUUGGGAAUAAAGGAAGUUGUGCAGUUAGGUUGAUACCAGGAGAGCAGUCCAGCCUGAAAAUUGUUCAGUGAGGUCACAGCUAGCUUUAAUGAUAAGUUCACAGCACUCUUAACUGGUGCUUUAGACCACACAGAGAGUAAUUAUCAUUUUGGCAGCUUAUCAUUCUCCCAGCUUGAUCAGGCCACCCCAUGUAUUUAUCAUUUGUUUAUUUCUGUCCUCUAAUCAGCUUAUCACAACUCUUUACUCACAUCAUAUAUCUAAGCAGUCACUGCUAGGUUUCCAGAGGCUGCACAACGAAGUCCAUCCAACCCAAAGAUGCUACACCUCCCUCUCCCUCCCCCUCCACACACACACUGGCUUGACAUGGGAUCACAAUACCCUUGAAAAGUCCUUGGUCUUCCAAGUUGUCCUGUCAUGUGGCGGCAAAACAAAUUAUAGCUUGUAAGAUACCUAGAUAGAUUACUAUGCAAUAAGUAAGCCAUGUAUUUCUUCAGACACACUAUUGUGUAUUCAGUCUCUUUGUCAAUAAAUCUCCAAUUAUUUUUAUCAUUAUUAUUUUUAUUAUAAAAGAUCAAAAUAAAAUGGUACAUAUUCUCUCAUUUCUCAGCAAACAAAGCAGACCUGUACAACUUUACAUUGUUUGUGGAAAGUCUUGAUGCCAAGGGACAUAAUUCUUUUCCCUCUUAAUGGAAGAAGUGGCUCACAACUAGUUUCCAGGAAGGCAAGAUGUUCCAACACUUUUAGAACACUAACUGUCAGCUUUCUAUGCUUUUUUUGGAAUAGGCAACAGUGAACAGUGUUUAGGUCGUCUUAGUUAGCUGCUCAGCUGAUACAGACUUCAAAGGGAGUGUGGUCUGCCUGUUUGGUGUGCCAGAGGCAGUAGCCUCACCAGCGUCUCCUUGCUUGUAGUCACUUUGGGCAGUGACUCGCACACUGUUGCCUGUUCCCUGGAGAGCAUGGAAAGUUGACAGUUAGUAUUCUAAGAGCAUCAGAACAUCUUGCCUUGUAAGCUUUCUCCAUCUCUCGCAAAAAGAAAUGCUGUCAACCACAUGGCGUCGGGACUUUCCAUGCACACUGUACAAUAUAGCUACACUUUUGAGUGUAGCAUGCUACUACCCACAUGAAGAUCACUUGCUACACAGGCCUAUUUGAACCUCUAAAAAGACCAUAAUAUUUUCCUGCCCCAAUGCGUUUACGCUUGAGGUCACGGGACUCCCAUGAGGAGAGGUCGCGGUGGAUGGGCUCGGCAGCCGGGAAGGGUAGAGGUGGUUGCUCUGGGCCAAACGGAUGUAGCUUCUUUAGACGUUCUAGUAAAAUUUCUUUUUUAAUUUGCUUUGGAUCUCUGUGCAAAUCCAUGUACCUAAAAAUAAAUAAAUAAAUAAAUGUCAUUUAAUAUAUAAACUGAUAAAUUAAGACUUCUUUGUUCUAGCUUUUAUAUAUGUACUGCUGUUCUUGAUUUACAAAUAUGAUUAACCUAAUUCUUUAGUUCUAUGUAUUUCUGCUGCACAAGUCCAUCAACUUCAUCUUCUAAAAACAUCUCAGUAGGUAAACUUACGUGUUGAACUGCCUCUUGAGUGGGAAGUAUUUCUGUUUAGCAAGGUAAGGCUCGGGGAAGUCGUACUCAUACACUGGUUCUCGCAUCUCUGAAAUCAUCCAAAAUAAAUACUUAAAUAUAAUUAUUUUAAUGUGCAUGCUUUUAUAUUAAGUGGAUUGUGAGUGGCCUUAGAUUUUAUGAUUAUGUUGUUCACUUUAAUGUACCAAUACCUCAGCCAUCAGCAAAGCAAAGCAUUUAGAUAAAAUAUAUUUAUCUGACAAUAUACA